CGUCAACCUCCUUUCCCAAAACACUGAACUUACAGUCCGGUUCCUGUGGCCGGUCCUGAUUAUAAGCUACUUGUCUCUUAGUUUGGAAAAAAAGGGACACGAUGGAAAAGAAAUCGAGGAAUAAGAGCGCAACUCCAUGCAAGGAAACGUUUGAACAAGUAGCUGUUGAAAGUAAAACCCCAGCAACAGUAGUGCUGCUGUUGAACUCCCCAGAGGAAGACAUCCUCGUCAAAGCCUGUGAAGCAGUAUAUACAUUUGCAGAAAAAGGAGAUGAGAACAAGGUUUCCCUGCUGGGACUUGGGGCAUUGGAGCCUCUCUGCAGGCUCAUUACUCACAACAACAAGCUGGUGAGACGCAACGCCUUCAUGGCCCUGGGCAUCAUGGCCUCCAACGGUGAUGUUAAAGGUACACUGCAAGAAUUAGAUGCUAUUCCAUCCAUGAUAGAAAAACUGUCAGUGGAAGAAGACACAGCCGUUCAAGAGUUUGCAACACUGUGUCUGGCUUCUCUGUCAACGGAUUUCAUUUGUAAGGCCCAGAUCUUUGACAACAAAGGCUUGCUACCUCUAAUCCAGCUCUUAUCCAGCCCAGACCCAGAUGUCAUGAAGAACUCGCUAGAGAUCAUCUUUAACCUAGUUCAGGACUAUCAAUGCCGCCUGGCAGUUCACAAGUUAGGUGGGAUCCCUCCGCUCCUGAAGCUGUUGAUGUCAGACUUCCCUGUCAUUCAAAAGCUGGCUUUAAAGACACUGCAGAAUAUCACAACUGAUAAAGAUACACGCAACACCUUCAGGGAGGAGCAGGGAUUUGAGAAGCUCAUCGAUAUCCUUAAUAGCACGGACUUCAGUGACCUACAUGCUGACACCUUACAAACAGUGGCUAACUGUCUGAGUGACAGUGAGAGUGUCCAGCUGAUUCACAACAGUGGAGGACUGACUAGGUUGAUGGAAUUCGUCCUCUCCCCCAGCAUACCUGAAAUCCAGUCCAACACUGUUAAAUGUAUCACCAGAGUGGCUCAGAGCUCUGGGAGUCGUGAAGUGCUACACAAGCAGGAUGUGGAGAAGGUUCUGGUAGAGCUUCUAUCAGUGGCUGACAUCAAGGUGAAAUCAUGUACUUGUCAGGCUGUGGCUGCCAUGAGUCUCCACCUAGCCAGCAAAGACAGCUUCAGAGACCUGGGUGUUAUCCCUGCAGUUGUGCAGUUGUUGAGCAGUGAGAACUUGAUGCUGAGAGCAGCAGCAACCCAGGCCCUGUCUAACCUCACACAUAGCAACAAGCGCAACGCCUUGGCAGUGUAUGAGGCUGGAGGCCAUGAGUUCCUUGUCCAGCAGCUGUAUGGAACCUGCCCAAGGAUGGUGACCAAUUCUGCUGCCACACUUUGCAACAUGGCAGGACAGGAGAGCAUUCGCAGCAGCAUCUUGUCACAUGGAGCAAUGCAGGCUCUGGUGGAACCAUUAAAGUCCACAGAUUCACAAGUUCUCAUCAACACUACGCUAUGUCUGUCAGUGCUGGCCUGUGAUAAAGACGCUAGGGCAGAGCUACAAAGAGCUGGAGGACUUCAGCCUUUGGUCAACUUGCUGCAUUCCUAUCACAAGGAGGUGCUGCACAACACAUGCAUGGCAGUCAGUGUGUGUGCCAGUGAUGAGGCAACUGCUGUGGAGAUGUGCAAAUAUGGAGCCCUGGAAAUCCUUCAGGAAAUCAGCCAAUCAGUGAAUCGUAGGAGCAGUUUCACCAAGCUGGCUAUGAUCAGCCUGCUUAACUCCAACUUGUCUGUUAAGUACAGCCUGAUAGGUCAUCUGACCUCCUCUGACAUUAUUACUGAUGGCUUCUAUGAUGCUGGGAAGGCUCGUCCAGGUCAAAGGGUUCUGACUUUAGACGAACUAUCUAAGCAGCCAGUCAACAAGAACCAACCUGUUAUUGUCAUCAACACAGCACCAGACGAGACUAUAGAUGCGGCAGAAGAGGAACAGAGCAACCCAUCAGAAUCUGAUACCAGCAGCAAGGGAGGCCAUAGGACUCCUAUGAAGAAGAAAGAGGAAGACAAACAGAAAGAUGAGAUUCAGUCUGAGCCCCUUACAGACAAACCAUCGAACAUAACGGAAGGUGUCUCACUGCAGAUUCUAGUUAAGGAGGUCAAAGAAUAUAUCCUCCGACUGAAUGAUGAAGAAGAGCAGUAUUCCACUCUUGCCAGGCUGGUGAGUGACUUGAUGGGUGGAGCCGUGGAGAUGGAAAAGUUGCACGAAUUCUCGUGGAUGCUGCACCUCAGUGAGCUCAAGUUUCAGCUUCAGUCUAAUGUUGUUCCCAUUGGUUUGAUCAGCAAGGGAAUCUACUGCCAUAGGGCACUUUUGUUUAAGUGUCUAGCUGAUUGCAUCGGAAUAAGCUGCUCACUUGUCAGGGGUGAGUAUAACCGGGCAUGGAACGAGGUACUCCUUUUCAAAUGGAAUGCCUCCAGGAAUCAGCACUCUUCACAGCCCUGCCGCUACAUAGUCGACCUCAUGCACCAGCCUGGAAGCCUGUUGGAGGUCGAUACUCCUGCUGCUGUGCGUUACCAGACUAUAUAGACCAGACCAACACUGUUCAGUAUAAAUACUGUAAAAGGUUUACAGUGCUUUGACUUGGAAUUUUUCGGACACGUACUGUAUAUAAUUGAUUGGUUUUGUCCGUGUGUGAUGUAUGAUCUUAAGAUUGCACAAUGAUUUAUUGUUCAGAUCACCAUGCCUAUGCACCAGCAAAAGGGAAAAUGUAGUAUUGUUAAUUGAGCUUUUCGAAUAAAAAAAAUUCAUUUAAUGUUCACAGUGUUGUAGAAAACAACUAUAUGGGGACAAACAGUGACUUUAUCAAUAUCAAACUCUGCAAGUUACAGUUGUUUAGUAGUUUUUAAGCUUCAAAUAAAACAGAGAAUUUUAAAGAAAAUAUAUUAGUUACAUAUUAAUUGUGAAUUGCUCAAAACGAAAUAAAAACUUCUAC